AUUCUCUGUUUAGCAGCUCACACCUCUCACAUACCGUCUCUCCGCAAGUAUUAGUGACUUGUCUGUUUCCUUACUGAAGGUAAUUAUCAUCUCCAGUAUCUUUCUCAUCUCCACCAUGAAGACGCUGGCUCUGUCUGUGCUUCUUUGCACCAUGCUGGCUCUGGUCAGAGCUACUUCACCGCCGGUCAAGCAAUUGGCAACAGGCUGCCCCGUCGGUUGGACGAGGGGCCUUUAUCACUGUUUCCGCUACGUUCACAAUCCGCUGAACUGGGCUGCAGCUGAGAAACACUGUCAGGCCUUGGGGGGAAACCUUGCAUCUGUGCACAACCCUUCUGAUCAAACGACCAUUCAGAGGAUGAUAUUAAGGCUCACUCGUGCCUAUGGACCUGCAUGGCUCGGAGGCAGCAACUGCCAAAAUGACGAUGUUUGGUUGUGGAGUGAUGGUUCAGUUUUCAGAUAUAGGCACUGUUACAAAUUUGACAACGGUGGGGGCAAGCAGCACUGUUUGCAGAUGAACUACGGACCUAACAAGUGCUGGGAUGAUCUGCAGUGUUCUGAUAGACGUCCAUUUGUCUGCGCCAAAAAACUUUGAAUGCACUGGGGCUGAUACAGAGGCAUGAAGUACCUGUCCCAUGCACGAACACUGGUGGAUGUCUGUGUUUACGGUCGCAAACUCUUGUCUUUAUAUCAUCACUCUCACGUAUAACAUAAAUGAUUUAUGUUUCGUUUUACAUCUUUACUUUCUUUACUAUCGCUGUAGUGCUAUUUAAGGAACGAAGUGAAAAGUGACAUAAACAGGAUCUGGACUGUCUCUUAAGGCCUUGUGUCUUUGAUGAGAGCAGAAUGAUUGUGUUAUGUGAACAAUGCUUUUAGCGCAGCCUUAUGCUGCAGAGCGAACUGUUUUUCUUACUGCAUCAAUAAAAGGCUCAAGCAACAAAACAAGCUGCUUCGUGAAUCUG